GGGAGAUCGUAAGGGAAGCGCUUCCUGGUUCGAGCCGAGAGGGGCGAAUCGGGCUCCGCUCCGCGCCGCCGGGAGGAGCUGUCUGCAGCCCCCUCCUCCCGCCCUCGCCUCUUCCUCCUCCUUCUCCCGCCCUCCUCGCCGAGCCGGGCGGUGCUGGCAGCCGGAGCGGCGGCGGGCGGGCCGAGCAGCCUGGGCAGCCGCGCGUGGGCAUCCACGGGCGCCAAGCCUCCGUCCCUCUCUCCAUCCCUCCCGGGCCUUUGUCAGCGCGCCCGCGGGGAGCGAGGCCGAGAGCGCCGGACCGAGUCAGACAGCCCCGCAGGUCAGCGGCCGGGCCGAGGGCGCCAGAGGGGGCCAUGUCGUACCAGGGCAAGAAGAGCAUCCCGCACAUCACGAGUGACCGACUCCUCAUCAAAGGUGGACGGAUCAUCAACGAUGACCAGUCCCUUUAUGCUGACGUCUACCUGGAGGAUGGACUUAUCAAACAAAUAGGAGAAAACUUAAUCGUUCCGGGUGGAGUGAAGACCAUUGAAGCCAACGGGCGGAUGGUUAUUCCCGGAGGUAUCGAUGUCAACACGUACCUGCAGAAGCACUCCCAGGGGAUGACUGCCGCUGAUGACUUCUUCCAAGGGACCAGGGCGGCCCUGGUGGGCGGGACCACGAUGAUCAUUGACCAUGUUGUUCCUGAGCCUGGGUCCAGCCUACUGACCUCCUUCGAGAAGUGGCACGAAGCAGCUGACACCAAAUCCUGCUGUGAUUACUCCCUCCACGUGGACAUCACAAGCUGGUACGAUGGCGUUCGGGAAGAGCUGGAGGUGCUGGUGCAGGACAAAGGCGUCAAUUCCUUCCAAGUCUACAUGGCCUAUAAGGAUCUCUACCAAAUGUCCGACAGCCAGCUCUACGAAGCCUUUACCUUCCUUAAGGGGCUGGGAGCUGUGAUCUUGGUCCAUGCAGAAAAUGGAGAUUUGAUAGCUCAGGAACAAAAGCGGAUCCUAGACAUGGGCAUCACGGGUCCUGAGGGCCAUGCCCUGAGCAGACCUGAAGAGCUGGAGGCCGAGGCGGUGUUCCGGGCCAUCACCAUUGCGGGCCGGAUCAACUGCCCUGUGUACAUCACCAAGGUCAUGAGCAAGAGUGCAGCCGACAUCAUCGCUCUGGCCAGGAAGAAAGGGCCCCUAGUUUUUGGCGAGCCCAUUGCUGCCAGCCUGGGGACUGAUGGCACCCAUUACUGGAGCAAGAACUGGGCCAAGGCUGCGGCGUUCGUGACCUCCCCUCCACUGAGCCCGGACCCCACCACGCCGGACUACUUGACCUCCCUGCUGGCCUGUGGGGACUUGCAGGUCACAGGCAGCGGCCACUGUCCCUACAGCACUGCCCAGAAGGCGGUGGGCAAGGACAACUUCACCCUGAUUCCCGAGGGUGUCAACGGGAUAGAGGAGCGGAUGACCGUCGUCUGGGACAAGGCGGUGGCUACUGGCAAAAUGGAUGAGAACCAGUUUGUCGCUGUCACCAGCACCAAUGCAGCCAAGAUCUUUAACCUGUACCCAAGGAAAGGGCGGAUUGCCGUGGGCUCGGACGCCGACGUGGUCAUCUGGGACCCCGACAAGGUGAAGACCAUAACAGCCAAAAGUCACAAGUCGGCAGUGGAGUACAACAUCUUUGAGGGGAUGGAGUGCCACGGCUCCCCACUAGUGGUCAUCAGCCAGGGCAAGAUCGUCUUUGAAGAUGGAAACAUCAACGUUAACAAGGGCAUGGGCCGCUUCAUUCCGCGGAAGCCAUUCCCGGAGCACCUCUACCAGCGCGUCAAAAUCAGGAAUAAGGUUUUUGGAUUGCAAGGGGUUUCCAGGGGCAUGUAUGACGGUCCUGUGUACGAGGUGCCAGCUACACCCAAAUAUGCAACUCCCGCUCCUUCAGCCAAAUCUUCGCCUUCCAAACACCAGCCUCCGCCCAUCAGAAACCUCCACCAGUCCAACUUCAGCUUAUCAGGUGCCCAGAUAGAUGACAACAAUCCCAGGCGCACCGGCCACCGCAUCGUGGCGCCCCCUGGUGGCCGCUCCAACAUCACCAGCCUUGGUUGAACGCGGAUACGCAGAGGAGCUAGCGUGAAGGAUUCUGGGAAUCAUGUCCAUCCCUUUUCCUGUCAGUGUAUUUGAAACCCACAGUUUUAGUUGGUGCUGAUGGAGGGAGGGGGAAGUCGAAGGAUGCUCUUUCCCUUUUCUGUUUAGGAAGAAGUGGUACUAGUGUGGUGUGUUUGCUUGGACAUUCCUUGCCCCACAGUUGUGUUCAUGCUGAAUCCACCUCGGAGCAUGGUGUUUUCAUCCCCCUUCCUAGUGAACCACAGGUUUUAGCAUUGUCUUGUUCUGUCCCUUCCACUUCUAACUCCACUGGCUCCAUGAUUCUCUGAGUGGUGGUUCCUUUGCACCCUGUAGAUGUUCUAGGAUAGUUGAUGCAUGUUACUAAAUUACGUAUGCAAGUCUGUGAGUGCGUCUGAGGGGACAUCGCCAAGGACUGACUGAGACACGAUGCCGAGACCUCAAGCCCUGAGGGACAGUCCUAAACCUCUUGCAGUGAAGAUGUUUACUCAUUGCCCCCACCUCUGGUCCACACUAGAAAGAAGCUCGCCCCACCCCCACCCGUGAGAUCCGUGAAUUCUCGGAAUGGCAGGGGAAGCCUUGCAUUAGGUUGCAAAGAAGCAUCCUCCACAUCCUGUGUCAGAAACCCUGGUCUCCGUGGCACUUGUAACUCACCGUGCUGUCUUCUGGUCUGUGUGUGUUCUUCAAGCCAGCUCUAGGCUUCAGGCCGAGCCAGGUUCACACUCAGAAAGAGGUCUCCCCAUCCCCAUUCGGGGCUGACGAUGGGGGGGUGAUGGCUGCCCCUGGGUGGCCUGAGUCCCGGUCCCUCCGAGGCAGUUGAUGGGGCAGUCAGAUUUUUAAAGUUUUGUACAAAGUUUUCCUUUGUAAUCACUCCCAUUUUUACUUAACAACCAACUUGUUGUGGCUCUUAUUUCUGAAUUCAAAGCUUGUGAAAAAAUAAAGAAAAUGAACUGCCCACUGA